UGUUCACUUCUAACGAAAAUAGAAGAAAAUAAUCUGAGACUCACUUUCUGUUCCUCAACAACACACUGAGAUACUGAGUUCAGAAAUGUCUUCUGGCAGCAACCUGAGGUCUGAGGAUCAGUUUCUGUGCUCCAUCUGUCUGGAUGUGUUCACUGAUCCAGUCACCACACCAUGUGGACACAACUUCUGCAAAGCCUGCAUCACUCAGCACUGGGAGGCUAAUGUUCCCUACAAGUGUCCUCUCUGCAAAGAGCUUUUCACCUCUAGACCUCAGCUGAGAGUCAACACCUUCAUCAGAGAGAUGGUUGCUGGGUUCAGACAUGAAGCUCAGCAGGAAGCCAGCAGCAGCAGCUCAGCUGCUAAACCAGGAGAAGUUCCCUGUGACGUCUGCACUGGAACCAAGCUGAAGGCCCUGAAGUCCUGCCUGGUGUGUCUGCUCUCCUACUGUCAGACUCACCUGGAGCCUCAUCAGACCACUCCACGUCUGAAGAAACAUCAGCUGAUGGAGCCUGUGGAGAACCUGGAGGACAGGAUGUGUCUGCAGCACGAUAAACCUCUGGAGCUGUUCUGUAGGACCGACCAGACAUGUGUCUGCUCUCUCUGUCCUGUUCUAGACCACAAGAACCACAAGUUUGUUCCUCUGAGAGAAGAAUCUGAAGGAAAGAAGGCAGAGCUGAAGAAGACCGAGGCUGAAGUUCAGAAGAUGAUCCAGAGCAGACGAGUGAAGAUCCAGGAGAUCAAAGAGUCGGUGAAGAUCAGUAAAGAUGCUGCAGACAGAGAGAAAGCAGAAGGUGUUCAGGUCUUCACUGCUCUGAAGGAGGCUGCUGAGAGAGGCCUGAAGAAGCUCAUCAAGGAGAUCCAAGACAAACAGAAAACUGCAGAGAAACAGGCUGAAGACUUCAUCAAAGAUCUGGAGCAGGAAAUCUCUGAGCUGAUGAAGAGGAGCUCUGAGGUGAAGCAGCUCUCACAGUCUGAAGACCACCUCCACCUCCUCCAAAGCUUCUCCUCCCUGAAAGCUGCUCCACCCACCAAGAACUGGACAGAGGUCAGAGUUCAUCCUCCAUCAUAUGAGGGGACUGUGGUGAGAGCUGCUGCUCAGCUGCUGGAGGAGAUGAAGGAGGAGAUGAAGAAGCUGAUGGAGGCUGAGAUGAAGAGGGUCCAGCAGUAUGCAGUGGAUGUGACUCUGGAUCCUGAUACAGCUCAUCCCUGGCUCAUCCUGUCUGAUGAUGGAAAACAGGUUCAUUGUGGGAAUAAAAGAAAGGAGCUUCCAGACAACCCAGAGAGAUUUUCUAAGUAUGUUAAUGUUUUAGGACAUCAGAGUUUCUCUUCAGGCAGAUUUUACUUUGAGGUUCAGGUUAAAGGAAAAACUGAGUGGGAUUUAGGAGUGGCCAGAGAGUCCAUCAACAGGAAGGGAAAAAUCACUCUGAGGCCUCAGAAAGGUUUCUGGACUGUUGUGUUGAGAAAUAGAAAUGAGUACAAAGCUCUUGCUGGACCUCCAGUCCGUCUCCAUCUCCAGCCUGGUCCUGAGAAGGUGGGGGUGUUUGUGGAUUAUGAGGAGGGUCUGGUCUCCUUUUAUGAUGUAGAUGCUGCAGCUCUGAUCUACUCCUUUACCGGCUGCUGCUUCACUCAGAAGAUCUACCCAUUAUUCAGUCCCUGUUUAAAUGAUGGAGGUCAAAACUCUGCUCCUCUGAUCAUCUGCUAA